AUGAGUCGUGCGACUGUUAUGUUAACCUUAUUAUGGAUACGCGACUGCACGAAGAACUUCUUCCAGAGUGGAAAGCCAACGUCCUCAAACGGCCACACACCCGCAAUUGUCGAGACGCUAAGGAUAGAACUCCUCAACGGAUUAAUGGGACCUGCUAGUGGUUCACUAAUCACCGUUAUUUCCAAAAGUGGAGAGAAGAUCAUGCGUCGGGUCUUCUCUGGGUUUCAGCCGAUCCUGGCUCUCCGGCCGAGUUCAGAGAAGACAGCACACCGUGGCCACGAGAGUAUUAUUCGGAUACUGCUCGACUUCGGCGUCAAAGACCUCAAUUCUAGGUACAAGUCUGGACACACUCCACUAUUGCAUGCUGAAUCCAUGUGGCACACCAAGAUUGUCAAGUUACUCCUCCGUACCGGAAUACCUGACCCAAACUGUCAGAAUGCUGGUGCACAUGAGACAAUAAUGGGCGGGCACCGCUGGCCUUUGCCUGUAAAGCAGACGGGCAAAAUGGACUCAAGUCUGGAGGACCAAGUUGGUUUUACACUACUCACUUACGCCACUGAGUAUGGGAACGAGCACAUCAUCAAACUACUCUUGGAUGCUAGUGACCCUAGAGCUGCAAAAACAGCCACUACAGAACUUGAGAUCUUCGCUGCAACUAGAGCAACGCCCGAGCUACAGCCAGUCCAUGAGGGACCUGUGGUAGAGGCCACACCAAGCGAACUCGUCUCCAGGACGUCGCCGAAAGACAUUGUAAGACUAAGAUGGCGCAAUAACCCAGCAUUGAACCCGCAGCACUGA